AUGCAGGAUGAAGACAUAGGAUACCAACAACAUUACAAAGGUAAUCACAGACAUUAUCCCACCAUUGGCAGCAAUCAGGAGAUCAACAAGGAAAUUGUCUGUGCAGAUCUUGUCCUCCUGGGACUCACUCAGGAUCCUGAGGGCCAAAAAGCGUUAUUUGUCGUGUUUUUGCUCAUCUACAUUGUAAUGAUGGUGGGCAACUUGCUCAUUGUCAUGACUGCUAUUGUCAGCCCCUCCCCGGAUUCCCCCAUGUACUUCUUUGUUGCCUAUCUGUCACUCAUGGAUGCUGUUUUUUCCACUGCUGUUUCCCCUAAAAUGAUUGUAGACUUACUCUGUGAUAAAAAGACUAUUUCCUUCUCAGCUUGCAUGGGCCAGCACUUUAUAGAACAUUUAUUUGGUGGUGCUGAGGUCUUUCUUCUGGUGGCAAUGGCCUAUGACUGCUAUGUUGCCAUCUGUAAGCCACUGCAUUACUUGAUCAUCAUGAAUCAACAGGUUUGCAUUCUGUUGCUGGUGGUGGCCUGGGUUGGAGGUUUUUUGUACUCUAUGGUUCAACUUCUCUUUGUGUACAGCCUCCCGUUCUGUGGGCCCAACGUCAUUGAUCACUUCAUGUGUGACAUGUACCCGUUGUUGGAACUUGCUUGCUCUGACACCUGUUUUAUAGGGCUCACUGUUGUUGCCAAUGGUGGAGCCAUGUGUAUGCUAAUUUUUAUCCUUCUACUAAUCUCCUAUGGGGUCCUCCUAAGCUCCCUGAAGACUCACAGUCAGGAAGGGAGGUGCAAAGCCCUGUCUACCUGCAACUCUCACAUCACAGUAGUUGUCCUCUUUUUUGUUCCCUCUAUUUUCUUGUAUGUUAGAGCUGUUUCCAACUUUCCUGUUGACAAAUCUAUGACUGCAGUUUUCACGCUUAUCACUCCAAUGUUGAAUCCUCUGAUAUACAGCUUGAGAAAUUCUGAGAUGAAAAAUGCUAUGAAAAAAAAAUCUGGAAUAGAAAAUUAACCACAGGUAGACUAAGAAUAUGCUUCCACACUGAAAAUAUUAUUGCUAAUGCUAAAGCAAGAAAUAGGAAAUAAAUUAUCACAAUGACUGCUUUAGUCAGUUCUAUGGAUUCUCUAGGUAUACUUCUCUUUAUUGAUACAAAAAAAAAAAAAAAAGGCAUCCACAAUGUAGAAUAAAUUAUUCUUCUAGUUUAGAAUUAACCUAAUAGAGUCAUUCUGGAGGCUGGAUGAACGGCAUAGGUAUUUUUCUUCUUAUAAACAAAAAUAAAACUAAGCUCACAUUGUAAAUUUAUUUUUCUGAGUAUAUACUGAAACAGGACUUAGAAGAAUUUUUUUUUCCUUCUCUUUUAAAAAGAGUAAAACAAGUUACUUUAGAAAUUUUUCUAUCACUGAAUUUAAUGAGAAAACAUUUUGGCUAACACUUAGAACAAAUUUCUGAGGCCAAGAGAGUGAUGUAAAAUUUUACUGUUCAUUAUCCUCUUAGCACAACAGCUUUUUUUAGCUGUACUUUGCAUUUUGUGUUUAAAAUUACUUCUGUAGUUCUGGCCAAUGUCCAUGUAUUUUUAAUUCUGCAUAUUUAAGUGGGACAUGAUAUUGUGUUUUGUCUGAGACACCAUGAGUGAGUAAUUUUGAUAUAUGGGAUGUGGUUGAUGAAGAAAACUCAUUUUAGUUCUUGAUUAGAGGACAGAUACUGUUUCAAUUUGGGUAUGAAAAUCACAAUCUAAGUUAUAAACAUAUUUUGCACAUUCCUCAUUAGUUAUUAUGUGCAUUUUUUUUGCACUUCUUAAAAGAGUAGGUAGAGCUUCUGAUUUUGUCUCCAUAAAAUUGAAGAUAUGGAAAGAAAUGUGUUAUGUCGCAUAAACAGCAUGUUCCCUAAAAGUUGUAUUAAACUUAAAUGCUUUUUACUUAAAGACUUAGUAAUGAUUUGUUUUGGCAAAAACAAAAUUUUGUUUUUUCAACUUUACGUAAAAAAAUAAGUUUUUCUCAGUCUACAGCCCAUCCAGGGACAUCCCAAAGCCAGAAAGCAGGCAGAAUUUUCUCAGUGUAACAUGGAUCUUUAUCUAUGCUUAACAAGAGUUUACUUUUCUAACUAAAAGAAAGAUUUUAGAAUUUUUCUUAUUUUUAAAUUUUACUGUGUAAUUUUUCAUGUGUAUCCAACAACAUAUGCAAUUGUUUGUAAAUCUUGUAGCCUCUUACCUAGAAUAUUACCAAUAUCAUUGAAACUGCCUGAUUUCACUUCUCUGAUGCCAUUUCUCCACCCCUUCUCAGAAGUAAUUUAAUUCCUAGUUUUUUAAUCAUAGCUAAAAAUAGUUUAACUAUGAAUGUAUAUAUCCUUAAUGUAUAUUUAGAUUUCUUAUUCCUUACUUUUAUUAAAAUUACAUCAUGUAGCUCAUAGUUUUCUUAAUCUUAACUUAUAUCACUCAGUGUUUACUAUUUAAUAUUUGAUUAUAUAUCUGCAUGUCGCUCUUGUCCAAUUAUUUUUUCUGCUAUAUAUUAUUUAAUUGUUUGAAUAUACCAUAGGUUAUGUAUCCAUCCCUGGUCAGUGCUCGUACAGAUUGUUUCCAGUUAUUGUUAUCAUAAGCAGUGUCAUUGUGGAUAUUCUAAAAGAAAUUAUUUUGUGUUAAAAAGGGCAUUUACAUGUUCACUUUUACAGAUGGUUGCAAUUUUUUCCUGAAAUGGUAUCCUCAGUUAUACUCCUGCCACCAGAGUUGAACAGUUCCAUUACUCUGUAUACUUACCAACACCAGAUAUUGUAGAUGCUUGAUAUUUUGGUCAUUCAAUGGGUAUAAAGCUGUGAUUUCACUGUGGUUUUAAUUUUCAUUUCUUAUUUCUAUUGAAGUUGAGCAUGUUUUCAUGUUUAUUAGAUGUCACUGUGUUCCCCUCUUCUAUGACAUAUACUUAUUCUUGCCUUUUGCCAGUUUUUCAAUUGGAUUGUCUUUCUGUUAUUAAAUUGUUUAUGUAUCCUGUGUACUAAUUCUUAAAUUUCAUUUAAAAGUAGUACAAAAGUCUUUUCCCUGUUUGUGUUUUUUCUUUUUACACUUUUAUAAUUUCAUUUGAAAAUACUUCUUAACGUAGUUAAAUUUCUCAGUCUUUAUGUAUUGGGUUAACACUUCUAUGUCUUACUUAAGAUGUCCUCUAAUAUAAAACCAAAACUUGUUGGGGUUGAGUAGAUUCGGACUCAUAGCAACCCUAUAGGACAAAGUAGAACUGCCCCCAUAUGGUUUCCAAGGAGUAACUGGUAGAUUUGAACUGCCAACCUUUUGGUUAGUUGCCAAACUCUUAACUAUUGUACCACGAGGGCUCCAUCCUCUAUUACAAGGACAGGAAAACAUUCUAUAUUGUCUUCUAAAGAUUUCAGAAUUUUGAAUUUUUAAUAUCUAAUUUAAACUAC